AUGGUUUCCAUAUGGUGUCGACUUAAUUGGACACAGUGUAUAUUUACAGGAAUUGGACACAAGAGACGAACUGCAUCAGGAGCAGUAGUUGCAUAUGUUCCAGGUUCUGGAGUAUAUUAUAGUCCAGCAAAUGGGAAUUAUCCAAUUUAUGGAAAUGCAUUAAACUCCAGAGGCGUAGGAGAUUCUUCUAUCUUAGGGGUUGAUAACUCCUACGAGACAAGAACUACAAAUGGAUAUACAAAUGGAAAUAUUGACAAUUCAUUUGGUACAGUAUUUGCGGGAAAUCCUUCUAUCUCAAGUAAUAGAGGUUCCUAUAGUCCAGUACCCUGGCAGCCAGAAUACUUGUAUAGAUCAGAUAUCCAGAAUCCUGAUUUGAUAUCCAGAAACGUAGGAAAUGGAGUUGCAGUAGCAGUAAAUGCAAAUAAACCAGCAGCUGGAAGUUCACCUGCACUCUAUGAAAGUAGAAAUCCAAUCUUAGGAUUAGGAUCAGGAAAUGUCAAUGUUCCAUAUCCGUGGGAAAGAGUCGUGGGAAGACCCAAUAUCUCUAAUGUUGGAGGUUCCUAUAACCCAGGCGUAGUAGGCACGAAUGUACCCGGAAAUUCGAAUUAUGAAAAUGCAUACGCUACAGGUCUAAAUUAUAGAACCGCGGAAAGUUUGUCUUUCUCAGGAAAUGGAGGCUCUUAUAGCCCACAGACAGCAGGUGCCUAUGGACCAGGAAUUGGAAAUUAUGGAUAUGGAAAUGCGGGAAUUCCCCUUACCUCAAACACCGGUACGUCAGGUGUUCGAGAUUCCUAUUACCCAGGAGCAGUAAGCACAUAUGUACCAGGAAAUGCAAAUUAUGGAAAUGCAUAUGGUACAGGUGUAAAUUAUAGAACCGCGGAAAGUUCUCCUAUCUCAGGAAAUGGGCGUUCCUAUAGCCCACAAACAGGAGAAAAAAGAGUUUCAGGCACCUAUGAUGCAGCAGCAGAAAGUGCAAAUAAACCAGGAGCUGCAAGUGUAUCGGCUGGAGCUUACAAUGACGUUGCAUCAGUCGCCAAAAAUGCUUUAUUAAGCGCACAUAAUUCAGAAGCUGGAGAUCCCAUUGCCCACGUACCUGGAAGUGUAUUGGGAUUAUAUCUAAGUGAUGAUUCGGCAGGAACUAAUACCGGUUACAGUCCAGGUAAUUUAGAGGUUACCCGAUCCUAUUAUCUAUAA